AUGGAAGACAAUUCCCAUUUCAAGGGUCUGAAGAGGCGGUUGGCCUUUGACGACGAAGAUUCCGACGUCGUACUCCGGCGUUUCAAAGUUCUGUUACCCAACGGGACUAGCGUUGGUUUGACGUUGAAAGACCUAGAGCAUGAAAUCUCAUUUCAGGGUUUUAUUGACUUGAUCAGGGACGCUUACGAUGAUGGUUCUGGAGAUGUGACCAAUACUUUUGAGAAUAUGUGGGAUUUGACUCCUGAUACAGAUUUGUUAAUGGAGCUACCGGAAGAAUACACUUUUGAAUCUGCUCUUGCAGAUUUGAUUGACAAUUCCUUGCAAGCAGUUUGGUUGAAUUGUGAAAACCAUAGGAGACUGAUAAGUGUGGAUGUUCUUGAGAAUAGAAUCUCAAUAUUUGACACUGGGCCUGGAAUGGACAACAGUGAUGAAAACUCUAUUGUAAAGUGGGGAAAGAUGGGUGCCUCUCUAAACAGGUUAUAUAAAAUAAAGGCAAUAGGGUGCAAACCUCCAUUCUUAGUGCCCUUUUUUGGCAUGUUUGGAUAUGGAGGACCUGUUGCAUCUAUGCAUCUAGGGAGCUGUGUUAUAGUUUCGUCCAAGACAAAAGAAUCCAAGAAAGUUUAUAAGUUACGUCUUGCACGAGAUGUUUUACUCAGCAAUUCUGGUUCUGGACGUAGUUGGAGGACUGAUGGCAGCAUUAGGGAUCCUUCAGAUGAUGAAAUUGUGAAAUCACCCCAUCGAAGCUUUACAAAGGUGGAGAUACUAAGGCCUAAAGCGAAAAACUUGGACAUAUCUAAGCUCCAAUGUAAGCUGAAGGACAUAUACUUUCCAUAUAUUCAGUGCGAUGAGUUGUCCGAGGGUGGUAAGACUGUUACGCCUGUUGAGUUCCAGGUUAAUGGUGUUGAUUUAGCUGAAAUCCAAGGCGGCGAAGCUGCAAUCACCAACUUGCAUUCUUGCAAUGGUUCCGAAUUUACUGUAUCACUGCGCUUUUCCCUUAAAAAGGAGAAUUCUUCACCCAAUGCUUCAGGUUCUAAGGUUCCUCGUAUGGCAAAUGCACGCCUCAAGUGUAUUUAUUUUCCCAUCCUUAAGGGGAAAGAGAAUAUUGAGAGGAUUUUGGAUAGUUUGGAAGCUGAAGGAUGUGGCGUUAGAGAAAACUUUGAGAACUAUAGUCGUGUCUCAAUUCGUCGACUUGGACGUCUACUUCCAGAUGCUCGUUGGGUAUUACUUCCUUUUAUGGAUUUGAGGCAUAGAAAGGGAGAAAACUCUCAGUUGUUGAAAAGAUGUUGAUUGAGAGUUAAAUGCUUUGUUGAUACUGAUGCUGGAUUCAAUCCAAUGCCUUCAAAAACUGAUUUGGCGCACCAUAAUCCUUUCUCCAUUGCUCUUAAGAACUUUGGUAGUAGGCCUCAGGACAAAGAAAAAGGUG